AUGGUGCGCCCAAACACUCGUCCUAAAAAUGUGAACCAGCAUCCUGGUGAGAUCCUCCUCCAAAACAAGAGGAAAAGGCGCACUGCUCGUCAAAUCCAGGAAGACAACGACCAAGCCGAGCAUGAGCGGCAGGAGAAAGAAGCCGCUGAUCAACGCACCACCGAGAAGAUUGCGUCUAUUGAAGACAAGAAGGCAUUGAAGGACUUGAAGAUCCUUUUGCAUGCGCCAAAGCCUCGGCCUCGGGCGCGUCCUGUGUCGAAGUCGAAGGUGAGCCAGCCGAACAUUGAGGAUGACGAGGAGAUUGUAGAAGCAGCUGAGAUGGGGGAUGUCGAAAUGGAGGACAUUGCUGCAGGCGAUAAUGAUGGAGAUAAGGACUUUCAACCAAGUGAGGAGGAGAAUGAAGAGGUGCAGCCGAGGAAUAAGCAUGUCCAGAAGACAGCAUAUCAUGAGGCUGUCCAUGCUGAGCGAAGUGUUAAUAAUACAGGCAUCAACAUGACUCACAAUCAGAAUUUGAAGGUCGAUAUAUCAGAUCAGGCUGAUCCAACGGCACGUGGUGACCAGAAAGGCAAGAAAGGAGUUGCGGAUGUCUGCGCCGCCAAGGAUGACUAUGCAGGGAUGGGGAAAACAAAGGACUGGGCUGAGAAACUUGCAACAAGCAAGUUGCUCCGCCCUCAACUUGAAAGCCUUCGCACUGAAUCACACAGACGGGUGUCUUCAAUCACCACCUCAACUGCUGUUUCAAGGAUCUCGAAAGUCACUAGCGCCAGGGCUAAUCCCACUGGCAGCCCGCACCCCACAAACAAUGUUCAAGUCAAUCUCGAAGAACCUACCACAGCGUUUCUGGACGAGGACGAUUCACUUGAGCGUGAGGCUGCUUUCAAGGCUACCAAAAAGCCUGGUGCCAGGCAUACGACUUCUGCGGAUAUAUUGGAAGUCAGUGAUAACAGUUUAUCACCGCCUCCAUUGCGACCAAAGAAAUGCUCACCAAUAAUGGCAAGGACCGAGUCCUUAUCCUCCCCCCCUCCUCGUGCCCCUCCUUCUACGCAACCAUCCAGAGCCACCGCCAGGUUCAUCCCGACUGAGCCCGUUACUGACUUGUCAACGGACAUUGACUUUGGCGAGAGUGAGGACACAUCACCGCCCCCUGCUCCUGUAUCAGCAAAAGGCACCAAACGCCUAACAACUUCAACUGGCGUCAGCAUCAAUAGCCAGCCCCCCCCUUCGAAACGAGCAAAGACAGAGCCGCAGAGCAAGAGUGUCAUGUCACGCUGCGAUGGCAGUGGCGCCAAUCACCGGUACCAGAACGAUGACCUUCCUGAGGGAUGCCAGGAUGGUAAUACCUGGCGCCGGGUGUUCAUACCAACUGUCGCACACUGGGCUGGUGGAGAAGUUGAGCCUUGGGGUCCUGAAGACGAAGAUUUAAGGGACGCCAUGCAGGAGAUCUGGAACUACAUAUACCGGGGUAAGAUUCAGCACGAGAUCUCUAGAUCUGGUGCCGUUUUAAAAGUGGCCAAACAACGCCUUAUGGAAUGGCGUGGAGGGUUCGGUAUCGCAGCAUGCUCCAUCCUCACUGCAUUUUUUGCGCAGGACGCUGAUUUUUUGGAUCCUGCGGCUCGCGAGGACUUUUCAAGGGCCAUGCUGAAGCAUAACCGGUUCAUUUUCAGGGAUAAUUCAGGACUCGUUCCCAAGGACUGGACGGGUAUGUGGAGAUCCCCCUUCGUACUUCAGACAUUCACAUCACACCUCAAUUUCACCUUCGGCCGUGUUGAAGUCCCCAACCUUGACACCGAGAGCAUUAGCGCGCGGGCUGCAUUUGCCCUCGCCGUUACUGCUGUUUAUCGUACUCUUCAGCUCAUCAUUGAUGGGAACCUCACCUUCAAAGUCGUUCAAGAAUCCCGCAGCAAACGCAAAGGUGCAAAGACCGACGGCGGCGAUAUCUGGACCCCCAUCAUCACGAAGGGCGAGCAGUUUGCUUUCAGCAAACCUAUCUGGGGGCACAUGACCGUCAAACUCAUGGGCCCCAUUGUGGCGCUUUCCGACUGA